GGGGGACUCAUCCCAGAAGACUCAUCACGACUGAGGACUUCACAUGGACGUAUGGACAUAAACACCAGCAACCUGAAGGGUUUCUGAUUUAAGUACAUCCAGGAGUGUGACAAUGCCUCCAUGCAGCCCCUACAGCAAACCCCUGCAGAAAUGCUUACAGUUAUUUUAAAGUCCAUGUUUUUCCACCAUAAACCGAUGGCGUCACAUUUAUCUGAGCUACAUCAGAAGUACUUCAGAUCACAGGUGGGCCAAUAAUUUUAGCAACUCCAGCACUCUGUCAUUGUAACUAAAGACAAUGUUUCUGUGGGUAGGAACCCGAGUCACAGAGGGAAGUACUGACCAAAGAUCAAUCUACCAGAGGAUUCGAGACUUUGAGGUUCUGGACAGACGGAAAACGGUGACAGCACUGAGGGCUGGAGAAGACAGAGCUAUCCUGCUGGGCGUUAGCAUGAUCCUCCUGUCUGUGAUGAUGUAUUUUGUUCUGGGAAUCACUGUUCUACGUUCCUACUUUGACAGUUUAUGGACAGAGGAGGACACAUGCACAGUUGUGAAUGCCACCAUUGUGUGGGAUGUGAACUGUUCGUACAGCUGUGGGGCAGAGUGCUGGAAAAGCUCCCGGUACCCAUGUCUUCAAGUCUUUGUGAGCCUCAACUCGACAGAAAAGGUGGUGCGACUGCUGCACAAUGAGGACACUCAGGACAACAAUCCUGAGUGUUUCUACAUCCCAAAGUGUCACAAGAACUACGCAUCAACACGUGCCAUUGUUGAGAGUAUUUGUGAACGCCUCAGAUCUCAGCACACACUUCACUGCUUUGUGGACCCAACAAACCAGACUGAGAGUGCUAUCCUGACCCAGUUUUACAGCAGAGUUGCUGUCUUCCACUCACUGUUCUGGCCAACCUGCACUUUAGUUGGAGGAACCAUCAUCAUUGCCAUGGUGAAGCUGACUCAAAACCUGUCCAUCAUGUCUGAGAGACUGAGUCGCAUCAGUAGGUAAAGGGCAGGAAGACCACAUGUCGGAAGUUUGUUACCUUACGCCGGUGAGGGCGCAGACGCUUUGUUGGGCUGAGACAAGAAACACAGCUCAGAGGGAUGUGGUCCUUAGACCAGUGGGACAUUUCAGUUUUUCUUUGUGAGACACUUGUAAGUGUCUAAAGGGAUAAAAGCACAUGACCUGUCCCAAUCUUGUUUGUUUUGGGACCAGCAAAGGUGGAAAUGACGUCAUUCAGUUUAGAGGAUCACAGCCAGAUUGGAGCAGCGGCACAAUUUCUCCAUCCUAACUCUCACUAAGCUGAAACACAUUUUUUCUUUUUGAACAGAUUACCUGGUGCCUUUAGGGACAGCCAAUGAACUUCAUCCCUGCAAAAGAGACACCAAAGAAGUUUGUAAGAAGAGCUUACAUCCAAUGGUAGACUUAAAACUGCUAGUUUUGGAUCAGUUUAAAUGCACAGUUGCAAACAUUCAUUGCAGCUUGACACUGAAAUGGUUAAAGCUCACAAAUGCUGUGAAAUGACCAUUCCUUAAAAUUUUGAACAAACACAGUGCAUAAUAACAGUUCUUCUACUGAAUGUGAGAUGAAGGAAGGCAGUUUUUGAUUAAUCUACAGUCUUCAGUCAGACUUACAGAGCAGUGUUUACUUUUAGUGUCUGAGUAGGAGGAAACCACCAGCUCAUUUUAUAUGAUAUUUUUAUUAUUGGGUAGAUACUGAAGUCAUGCUGAAGUUUGAACUUAAAGGGACUGCAUUUAUGUCUAUGUGGUUAUCUUGUUUUUAGUUUGAGUGUGUCGUGAUGAAACCAGGCCAGUAUCUUUGCCUUAAUGAUUUUCUAUUGCCAUAAAAAAACAUUUCAGGAACUAGGGUUUUUUCUAAGCGGCAUUGCUGCAGCUGUCUUUAUUCUGAAUGCACGAAUAGGUUUAAGAAUUUCUAGGAGACACAGGAUGGGGUUCUUUAAAAUCCAUCCCAGAGGACUAACAGGGUAACUCUGGCCUAAAUGGGAUUGAGGUUAUCAUGCAUUUCUGAUUACUCUUCAGAGCUGCAGGCUUUAAAGGGCAAGAGAUGUUGGAAACUGGUUGCCAGUCUGUGGCAGGGCCAUACAAUUACACACAGUCACAUGUGUACCUAAGGGACAAUUUAGAUACACAACCAAAUCUAUAAAGCAUGUUUUUUGACUGUGGUAGAAAGCCAGCGUGCCCAGAGAAAACCCAUGCAGGAACAGGGAGAAACCUUUCAAACUCCACUCAGAAAGGCCCCAAAUGGGAUUCAAACCAGGGCCUUCUCACUGUGAGGCAAAAGAGCUUGACUCCUGUGGAACCCCCAAAAGGCAAUAUGUUGCUCGAUGUUGAAGACCCAAAUCCCACUAUGUUGUCUACAGCGCAUCAGAAUGCAUUGGUGCUACAUGUGCCUCACAAGUGUGGCUGCACAUGAGGCUGGAUUGUGACUUCUCACAAUCAAAGAAAUACACAAACUGCAAACUGGCCACAUUUUUUUAAUGCUUAAACUAAAUUAAGUGUUCCACAGGCAAAAAAUGAUGUUUGGAGAGCCGAAUGAAGGGUUUUUCCUUAAAUAGAGGAGCCUCAGAACUUGAUCUCUUCAUAUUCGCCACGUCAUGACCAUCAUGUCUCACAAGAGUGGCUUCCAGCUGAGUGUGAAGUAGCUGGGACACGAAUCAGCCCCUCCAAGUUUAGGGACAAAGUACGGGAAAUACUACACUGAUCAGCCCCAAACCUUUGUCACUUUUCACUCUUUGGGUGAAUAGAAAACUGAGAUCCAUAAAUGAAGGUUGUGGAGACAUGCCCAGAUGGUGCUCAUUGAGAUGCUGUGCAUCAGGCCACUGAGGGUAGACUUGACAACAAAAGCUGGUCAGAUGAGGAGCUAACUAAAAACUGCCUGGAAGUUAAUUAGUAGAUAUAAGAAAAGAUCAUUUGAUUCUUAAGAAGUAAGGAAAAAUGGGGACUAAAGCAGGUUGUUAAUCAUUACCUUUGUGUCAGCUCCUACCUGCUCAUUUACCAUAUUAAUGAAUAGUUACCAAAGAGUUGUAAACAAUAUUCAGAUGUUGACUUUAACCAAAUGCAAAGAUCACUUUGAACUCAGGAAAAACAAACGACUCACUUGUUGUGGUGUAAUGAUUAAUUUCAACAACAGUAUGAUUCAUAUCAUAAUUUGUGGUUGCUGAUGCGAUUCAUUGUCCAUAUUGGCUUUGAACAAUUUGAAUUGAUCCCAUUCACUGACCUAAAAUGGAUCUAGGACAUCUUUAGCCAAAACUUCAACCAGUGUGACUCAGAGAUAAAUAUCUGCGUAAUGAACAUGUGUCGUUUUUUUUCUAGAUUCUUUGCAUUUCUUGCAGAUAAUCAAGUGUAAAAUAAACAUGUGUACAAACACACAAGUAAACAAUUAUUCAUGUUAAAUCCAUUCACAUUUUAGUUUCCUAAAGUUUAGCUCGCCAUUGUUUUUCCACAUCAAAAUAAUGCAGACAUUAUUAGAACAUUCUACCACACUGCACGGUCACAUGUCUUUGCAAAAUUCAAAGUGUUUCCACAAAUUGGACUGGAAUGAUUGAUAAGUUUUUGCUGCCAUCACAUGUGUGUUGUAAUGCAUUUGGUUGUUUUUACUUUAUAGCCAAAACCUAUCGUUACUCAGUCUAAAUGUUAUUUUCCAAGGCCAAUGUAGUCAAUUUAUUUUACUUGGAAAUAAUGUUAUAAUGGUAUAGGUGAAUUCAACUAACAAUCUUCCUCAGACAGAUUACUCUGGUUGAAUAGUAGUAAUAUAAAUCGAUUCAUCAAUUAAGUCGAUUUAUUGAGGAAUCUUAGUUGUAGUAUUGGUAAUUCCUGAGUGUAUGGGUAUUUUUUUGAAUACUUAUGAAUAGGACAGUUUAUCAGUAAUUAUUUUUAUGUUCAAUAAAAGAACAUCUUAUAUUACAUUGACUUGGAGAAUUUAAUUCCUCUCAAAACUGUCUGUGAAAGCCAACAGUCACUGAAAGUGCUGACCAAAAAGCAAAAAAAAGUCUGAUAACAUUUUUCAAAGUUAAAAGUUAAGCUUUACCACAAACAUUGGAGGUACAGCUAUAGCAAACACUGAAUGAAUGUUUCAGAAGCUGGUAUAACAGCUGCUUAAAGAGACAUUUUCAUGCAUUUUCUAAAAAAGGAUGUAACAAAAAAA